AGUGCAGCAGCAGUAGCAGCAGCAGCAGCAGCAGCAACAGGACCAAAAAACAACAGCAGCAACAUCUAUUGCACACCAGCAACAGCCGCAAACAGCAAACAGCAGCAGCAGCAGCAACGUUAGCCAAGUCUUUUACAGUAUAAACAUCAGUCAAGAGCCAACAAAAUGCUGGCCAGCGAGAACUUUCCCACACAUCACUUCAAGGAAUCUAUAUUUAAGCCCUACAGUACGACGAGCGGCGAUGAUUUGGCAAGCGUUAACCCAUUGACAGCGGCCACAUUGGUGGCGACCACGUCGUCAUCGAGUGAUACCACCUCCGCCUCAGUUGCAUUCGAGACGGCCACCAAAAUGUUGGCCACCAGCAAUAAUAAUAAUAAUAACAAUGUCACGCAGGAGCAGGCUGACCUGUCCAGCUUUGUGGCCAGCCAUCCGGCGGCCGAGUUUGAGGGAUUCAUCCGUGCCUGCGUGGACGAGAUCAUCAAGCUGGCCGUCUUCCAGGGCACCAAUCGAUCCUCGAAGGUGGUCGAAUGGCACGAGCCAGCGGAGCUGCGUCAGCUCUUCGAUUUCCAGUUGCGGGAGAAGGGUGAAACGCAGGACAAGCUGCGCGAGCUGCUGAGGGAAACGAUUCGGUUUUCGGUCAAGACAGGACAUCCGUACUUCAUCAAUCAGCUGUACUCGGGAGUGGAUCCGUAUGCCCUGGUGGGUCAGUGGCUGACCGAUGCCCUCAAUCCCAGUGUGUAUACGUACGAGGUGGCUCCGUUGUUCACGCUCAUGGAGGAGCAGGUGCUGGGUGAGAUGAGGCGUAUCGUGGGAUUUCCGAACGGUGGACAGGGCGAUGGCAUCUUCUGUCCUGGCGGUUCGAUAGCCAACGGUUAUGCAAUCAGCUGCGCCCGCUACAAAUACGCGCCCGAGUCCAAGAAAAACGGCCUCUUCAACGCGAAACCCCUGAUCAUUUUCACCUCGGAGGAUGCCCAUUAUUCCGUGGAGAAGUUGGCCAUGUUCAUGGGAUUCGGCAGCGAGCAUGUGCGCAAGAUAGCCACCAACGAGGUGGGAAAGAUGCGGCUGAGCGAUCUGGAGGAGCAGGUGAAGCACUGUCUGGAGAACAACUGGCAGCCCCUGAUGGUCUCGGCCACUGCUGGAACCACUGUUCUUGGAGCCUUCGAUGACCUGACUGGAAUUUCGGAGCUGUGCAAGAAGUACAACAUGUGGAUGCACGUGGACGCGGCCUGGGGAGGUGGUGCCUUGAUGUCCAAGAAGUAUCGCCAUCUGCUCAGUGGCAUCGAGCUUGCUGAUUCGGUGACCUGGAAUCCGCACAAGUUGCUAGCUGCGUCGCAGCAGUGUUCCACUUUCCUCACUCGACACCAACAGGUUCUGGCCCAGUGCCACUCGACCAAUGCGACCUACUUGUUCCAGAAGGACAAGUUCUAUGACACCUCCUUUGACACCGGCGAUAAGCACAUCCAAUGCGGCCGUCGAGCGGAUGUCUUCAAGUUCUGGUUCAUGUGGAAGGCCAAGGGAACGCAGGGAUUGGAGGCUCAUGUCGAGAAGGUAUUCCGCAUGGCCGAGUUCUUUACCGCCAAGGUGAGGGAACGCCCAGGAUUCGAGUUGGUGCUCGAGAGUCCCGAGUGCACGAACAUCAGCUUCUGGUACGUGCCACCUGGUCUGCGGCAAAUGGAGCGCAAUCGGGAGUUCUACGAUCGCCUGCACAAGGUGGCACCCAAAGUCAAGGAGGGCAUGAUCAAAAAGGGCUCCAUGAUGAUCACCUAUCAGCCGCUGCGACAGCUUCCCAACUUCUUCCGCCUGGUGCUGCAGAACUCCUGUCUCGAGGAGUCCGACAUGACUUACUUCCUGGAUGAGAUCGAGUCGCUGGGUCAGAGCUUGUAAACUAUGUGAAUAUGAUAGCGAAAGCAUGUUAUGAGGUUAAGUGUUGACAACAUUCUCUUUAGGCUUAUGCCGUUUAUAUCUUCUAGUGUAUUGUUAACUUCCCACGUUUGUAUAUUCUUUCGGAUGUUAAGUAUUACCUGAAACAAUGAACAAAAUACAUACAUAAUUAUAGGUCAUUUGAUUUAGACUAAAA